AUGCCUCCCACUGCUGGCUACAACUGGCGGAGAAUUGCUGAAGAUGCCGAUUUUUUUGAGACAGUCUUGCGACAAAUUCAAAUGCAUUGCAAGGACAGUCCUGAGAAGAUCCGAGCAGCGAUGUUUGAAGAAAUUGACAUGGCAGGCUUCACGCCGCGACCAGGCGUCGGGCGUGGCUAUGGCCGAGGUGGAGAUGGAUUCGCCAGACACGGCCCUGGAAGUCUCGAAGAAUGGGGGCGAGGCGGACGAACAUCCUAUGUCGAUCGAGGCUACCAAGAUGACCAACGAGGGCACGAAGGUGAUCGGAGCUUUCGAGAUGAUGGAGGCUACCAAGGCGAUCACGGCCGAGGAUACCAAGAUGAUCGACGACAAUACCAAAGUGAUCGAAGCUAUCAGGAUGAUCGAAGUUACCAAAAUGAUCCAGGAUAUGACGGAAGCCGAGGAUACCAGCAGGAUCCGCCAAGAUAUGAAGAUGCUCGAGGAUACCCAAAUGAGCGAGGUGAUGGUAAAAGCGGAUACUACAGCCGUGGUGGUCGUGGGAAGUGGUAA